AUGCAAGGAAUUGUUGAACUUUCUUCUUCUAUAGGUCAACCAAUGUCAACAUCAAGAUUACUUCCACCAAUUGAUAUGCCCAUUUCUCAGAAUUUAAUGGCGGGUUAUGAUAAAAAUGUUUGGAAUUUGGUUAAUGGUUUCACUUAUUU